AUGUCAGAUACUAAUUUUAAUGCUACAAAGGCUGUUAGGCCGCUAAAUUCAACGGGCUCAGAAACUGGAAGCCACUCAGUAAUGUCUAAUAAUUCAAAUAAACUUGAAUCAGAUAAUGCUAGGGAAUACCCCCCACAGGAACAAGAACCAGUCGUUGAAAUUCCAAAGAGGCCAGCUUCUGCAUAUAUCACAGUCUCUUUAAUAUGUUUAAUGAUCGCUUUUGGUGGUUUCAUUUUUGGUUGGGAUACCGGUACUAUUUCAGGUUUUGUCGCCCAAACUGACUUCUUAAGAAGAUUCGGAAUGCAACAUUCAGAUGGUACUUACUACUUGUCAAGAGUAAGAACUGGUUUGAUGGUCUCUAUUUUCAAUAUCGGUUGUGCUAUUGGUGGUAUCGCUUUCUCAAAACUAGGUGACCAAUAUGGCCGCAGAAUUGCUCUAGUCAUUGUCACUAUCGUAUAUAUUGUCGGUAUUGUUAUUUCAAUUGCCUCCAUUGACAAGUGGUACCAAUAUUUCAUCGGUAGAAUUAUUGCCGGUUUGGGUGUCGGUGGUAUUGCUGUCUACUCCCCAUUAUUCAUUUCAGAAAUUUCUCCAAAGCAUUUAAGAGGUACUUUAGUGUCCUGUUAUCAAUUAAUGAUUACUUUAGGUAUUUUCUUAGGUUACUGUACUAACUAUGGUACUAAAAGUUACUCCAACUCUGUUCAAUGGAGAGUUCCAUUAGGUUUAGGUUUUGCAUGGGCCUUAUUUAUGAUUGCCGCUAUGUUCUUCGCUCCAGAAUCCCCACGUUAUCUAUUGGAGGUCGGUAGAGUUGAAGAUGCCAAGGGAUCAAUUGCAAGAUCUAACAAGAUUAGUACUGAAGACCCAGCUGUCACAUCUGAAGUUGAAUUAAUCACCGCCGGUAUUGAAGCUGAAAGAUUAGCUGGUACCGCAUCUUGGGGUGAAUUAUUCUCUCCAAGGGGUAAGGUUUUACAACGUUUAAUUAUGGGUGUUUGUAUUCAAACUUUACAACAAUUGACUGGUGCCAACUAUUUCUUCUACUACGGUACCACAAUUUUCAAAUCUGUCGGUCUUGAAGACUCUUUCGAAACAUCAAUUAUUAUUGGUGUUGUCAAUUUCGUUUCUACCUUCUUUGGUAUCUACUUUGUCGAAAGAUUUGGUCGUCGUAGAUGUCUAUUAUGGGGUGCUGCCACUAUGAUGUGUUGUAUGGUGGUUUAUGCAUCCGUUGGUGUCACUAGAUUGUACCCUAACGGUAUGGAUCAGCCAAGCUCUAAAGGUGCAGGUAAUUGUAUGAUUGUCUUCACCUGUUUCUACAUCUUCUGUUUUGCUACCACUUGGGCUCCAAUCGCUUACGUUAUUGUCUCUGAGACAUUCCCAUUGAGAGUUAAGGCUAAAGGUAUGGCUAUUUCGGUCGGUGCUAACUGGUUCUGGAAUUUCUUGAUCAGUUUUUUCACUCCAUUCAUUACGGGUGCCAUCAACUUCUACUACGGUUACGUCUUCAUGGGCUGUUUAUGUGUCGCCUGGUUCUACGUUUUCUUCUUCGUUCCAGAAACAAAGGGUUUGACUCUAGAAGAAGUCAACACAAUGUGGGAAGAAGGUGUCCUACCAUGGAAGUCUGCUAGCUGGAUACCACCAUCAAGAAGAGAUGCUGCUUACGAUGAAGCUGCUUUUACUCAAGAUGAAAAGCCAAUUUACAAGAGAAUCUUCUCAUAA